CAUGAUUCUAUAAUAUUGCUCUUAUAACAAGGAUUAUAUUGUGUACCCUUCUGUUAAUUAUUCAUUAAAUCGGUGUUCAGUGACUAAAAUGAAUCCACAAGAGUCCGAUUAAGAAGAAGCGAAAGGCGCAAAAGAAAAUUAUCACUUAUUCGUAUAGGUACACCGAAAUGAGCUUCCUUAUAUGACGAAGUACAUGCUAAUGAAGAUUCAAUAAUAUUUCUAACAGUGAAGUGCGAAUAGAACCUAUUCUAUAAUUAUUAUUAAUUUAAUCAAAAUAAUACAAGAAUAUGGUCCUCAUUAAUUGAACCAGUGUAAAGGAAAAAAUUAAUUUCUGUACAAAAAUUUGCUUAGUUAUCUAUGAACCAUGGGUCUCUUAACAUCAUCAUGGUUAACGGAUGGAACAAUAUUGCUUUUAACAAUAAUCAUCGCAGCCUAUUUUUACGUGACACGAAAUUUUCAAUACUGGAAGAAGCGAGGUGUUUUCGAAAUCCCACCUGUGCCAUUUUUUGGAAAUUUUGCAAAAUAUUGUACGUUCCAAAUGUCUCCUGCUCACCUGUUUAAGAAAUUUUACGAUCAAGGUGAAAAUUUUCCGUAUGUGGGAAUUUAUAUUUUCGAUAAACCGUACCUUCUUCUGCGCGAUCCAGAAAUUAUCAAACGAGUCCUUAUUCAAGAUUUUCAUAUAUUUUCUGAUAAGUUGUCUCACUCGAGUAAAAAUGAUGACAUCAGCAACCAGAACCUUUUUUAUAUUAAUAAUCCCUAUUGGAAAUAUGUUAGGCCAAAAUUUUCAAAUUUGUUCACUAGUGCAAAAUUGAAGAGUUUGGUAGAGAAUGUACAAGACGUGAUACAAGAUUUCAAUGAUCACAUGGAUUUACUAAAAUUGGAAGGAUCUGGAAAAAAAGUGGACGUAAGAGAUCUCACUGAUAAAUUUACCAUAGACGUGAUUGGGCUUGGUGGAUUUGGAUUGAAAUUAAAUAGUUUGAAAAAUCCGGAUGCUGAAUUUCGGAAUUUUGCAAAAAAGAUGUUUGGAUUCUAUAAUUUAAAAAGAGCCGUUGAACUUACUUGUGUAAGUCUAGUACCUCAGUUUGCGACCAUCUUCGAUUUUCGAUUUUUCGAAAAAAAUUCAAGUCAAUUUUUCAGUAAAGCUUUCCAAGAGAUCUUGGAUGAAAGAAAGGAGAAAAAAAUAAAUAGGAACGAUUUGGUUGACUUGUUAAUCAAGCUUAGAGAUAACGAUGAAAUCAGUGAGGAUUCCCAUGGCUUUCAAUUCGAGGGUGAUAAUUUAUUGGCCCAAGCAUUGGUCUUCUUCUCCGCUGGAUUCGAAACUUCAUCAGCAACGAUUUCUUUUACUUUGUAUGCGUUGGCCAAAAAUCCAGAUAUACAAACGAAAUUGAGAGAUGAAAUUAAUGUUGGCAUUGACAAAAAUAAUGGAAAAUUAUCAUACGAAAUGAUAACAAGCCUGCAAUAUCUGGAUAUGGUAAUUGCGGAAACACUGAGAAUGUAUACCGCUUUACCAGUUAUAGAUAGAAAAGCAACAAAAGAUUAUAAAAUUGAAGAAACCGGACUAAUUAUAGAAAAAGGAACACCAAUAUUGAUACCAACUUUUGGGUUGCACUACGAUCCACAAUAUUAUUCUAAUCCAAAUGUCUACGAUCCGGAGAAUUUCUCCGAUUUUAAUAAAUCAUCUAGAAAUCCAAACGUUUACCUACCUUUCGGAAUCGGACCGCGAAACUGUAUAGGCAUGCGACAAGGAAUUUUGGUGUCCAAAAUCGGUGUCGCCCUCCUAAUUUCCAGAUUUGAGGUUACACUUCUCAAAGAUACUUCAGUGGAACUCGAUCCAAAAUCAUAUUUUACUACAAUGAAAGGACGACUUUUUUUGAAUAUAAAAAAAAUUGACACAAAUAAGUCGAAUUAAGUUACUAGAUAUUAAUGGCGAUUUAAUUGAUUUUUGCAACUUUUUUAUCAUAUACAUACAAAAAUAAAUUUAAACUG